AUUAUAAAAUGACUCUAAACAAGCAAGCUUGGAUAUCCUAUACAGCAAUGGCGGUCCUAAAACACGAGCCUCAGCUACAUUUCGUUUUGUUUCCCUUUAUGGCUCAAGGCCAUAUGAUCCCCAUGAUAGACAUAGCCAGAUUGCUGGCACAAAGGGGAGUUAGAAUCACCAUUUUCCUAACACCCCACAACGCCACCAGAGUCGAGGCUGCCAUUGCUCGGGCUCAACAAUCCGGGCUACUUAUCCAAGUUAUCCACCUUGUUUUUCCCUGUGUUGAGGCAGGCUUACCCGAGGGCUGUGAGAAUUUCGACUUGCUCCCUUCUAUCGGACUGGCAGUGAACUUCUUCGCCGCAACUAAGAUGCUUCAACCCCGAGUUGAGGAGUUGCUGAGGGAGCUGAAACCCUCUCCCACCUGCAUAAUUUCUGACAUGUGCUUUCCAUGGACAACCAAUGUUGCCCACAACCUUAACAUCCCGCGAAUUGUUUUUCAUGGGAUGGGUUCUUUCUCCCUCUUGUGUCAGCACAAGUUAGGGAGCUGGAGUGGUCUUGAAAGCAUGGAGUCUGAUUCCCAGUACUUUGAAGUGCCUGGACUGCCUGAUAAGAUUGAACUCACCAAAGCUCAGGUCGGUAACAUGCUUAAUCCGCCGUCCCAGGAAUACAAGGAGUUUCUCAAACAGCUGAAAGAUGCAGAGGAUAGUGCUUAUGGGGUAGUGGUAAACAGCUUUGAGGAGCUGGAACCAGAAUACAUCAAACAGUUGAGGAAAGAGAAGGGGAAACCAGUUUGGACCAUUGGCCCAGUUUCUCUGUACAACAAGGUGGAAUCAGACAAGGCUGAGAGGGGAAACAAGGCCUCCAUUGAUAAGCACCAGUGCUUAAGAUGGCUUGAUUCCAAGGAAACCAGCUCUGUCCUCUUCGUCUGCCUUGGAAGCCUAUCGCGCCUGCCAACUCUUCAGAUGAUGGAGCUUGGGCUUGCCCUCGAGUCAUCAAACCGCCCCUUCGUUUGGGUUAUAAGGCACAUGUCCGACGAGUUCCAAAACUGGCUCCAACACGAAAAAUAUGAGGAAAGAGUUAAAGGGCAAGGCCUCAUCAUCUACGGCUGGGCACCACAAGUACUAAUCUUGUCUCACCCUUCCGUAGGGGGAUUCUUGACUCACUGUGGAUGGAAUUCGACCCUGGAAGGGAUAGCUUCCGGCUUGCCAUUGAUAACUUGGCCAUUUUUUGCUGAGCAAUUCAUGAAUGAGAGGUUAGUAGUGAAUGUGCUCAAAACUGGAGUGAAAGCUGGAGUGGAGUUCACAGUCAUGUUUGGAAUGGAGGAAGAGACAGGUGUCCAAGUGAAUAGAGAUGAAGUUGCUUUGGCUAUUGAGAAGGCGUUGGGUGGAGGAGAGGAGGCUGAAAUGAGAAGAAGAAGAGCUAAAACACUUGGAGAAAUGGCUAAGAGAGCAGUGGAGGAAGGUGGUUCAUCUCACCUCAACAUUGCCAAACUAAUUCAAGAUGUUGCAGAGGAAUCAAAUACUAUGAAACCAGUCUGAGACUAUAUAUAUAUAUAUAUAUAAUGUUUCCAUUUUCAUUUAUAUGUCACAUUUCUUGUUGCAAUGAAAACUUCUGUAACAGAAUACCAUUUCAUUGCAAAGAUUUGUGGGUUCAGUAUCUGCUUACAAUGCUACAAAAUCAUUGCUUCUGAAAAAGUUGCAGCUAUAUUA